CCACAUGCACCGGAAAUAUGGCGGCGCCCACGGUCGAAACGCAAGUCGUACCAGCUAAAAAACCAACCGUACGAGGACCACGGCGGGUGGCCAAUCAAAUUCCUGAUGAAAUCCUGCAAGACCCAGAGUUACAGGAGGCUAUCCGUGCUUUGCCUUCAAAUUACAACUUUGAGAUCCACAAGACAGUCUGGCGGGUGAGACAGGCCACGUCUAAGAGAGUGGCCCUGCAGCUACCGGAGGGACUGCAGAUGUUUGCCUGUGUCAUCGCUGACAUCAUCGAGAGGUUCACAGAGGCAGACACCAUUGUGAUGGGUGAUGUGACGUACGGAGCCUGCUGCGUGGACGACUUCACGGCUCGGGCCCUGGGGGCAGACUUCAUGGUGCACUACGGCCACAGCUGCCUCAUCCCUAUAGACUCCACAGCAGGCAUUAAGAUGCUGUACGUGUUUGUUGAUAUCCAGAUGGACAACGCACACUUUCUGGACACGGUCAAGUUCAACUUCCCCCCUGGACACUCUCUGGCACUCGUCAGCACUAUCCAGUUUGUGGCUGCACUGCAGGCGGUGAGUGCAGCUCUGAGGCCAGAGUAUGAGGUGGUGGUUCCCCAGUGUCGACCCCUGUCCCCUGGAGAGAUCCUGGGAUGCACCUCCCCCCGCCUCGACCGAAACCUCAACGCCAUCAUCUACCUGGGAGAUGGCAGGUUCCACCUGGAGUCCAUCAUGAUUGCCAACCCAGAGAUACAUGCCUACAGGUACGACCCGUACAGUAAGAUAUUCUCCAGGGAGUACUAUGACCAUGAAGCCAUGCGGUCCAUCCGGCUCCAGGCCAUCGACAAGGCUCGCUCUGCCCAGAGAUGGGGCCUGAUCCUGGGCACGCUGGGCCGGCAGGGCAACCCUAAGGUCAUGGAGCACCUGGAAUCCAAGCUUGAGUCUCUUGGCAAGUCCUUCACUCGAGUGCUGCUGUCUGAGAUUUUCCCCAGCAAGCUGGACCUGAUGGCAGAAGUGGAUGCGUGGGUCCAGAUCGCUUGCCCGCGUCUCUCCAUUGAUUGGGGCACAGCCUUCUCCAAACCCCUGCUGUCUCCCUAUGAGGCAGCUGUGGCUCUGCAGCAGGUGGGCUGGCAGGAGGUGUACCCCAUGGACUUCUACUCCAAUCAGAGCCUGGGGCCAUGGGCGCCCAACCACCCCGACAACCAACCAGCUCGGCCCACCCGCAAACAGACACAGAAGACUGGCUCACAGCCAGCCCCUAUCUCCAUUCCCUCACAGCAGUCUAAACUGUGUGGACAGAACCAGUGCGCCCCUUUUGGCUGUCAGGGAGAAUGACAUGUACACCUCCACUGCUGGAGGGCUUUCACUCUGAGCCCUGCUCAACACCUCACCUCCCCCAGGAGACAGAGAGCAGUACAGAGAACCAGAGACACUUCACCUCAGAUACCCCUCCAUUAUAUUUACUGUCCUGAUGGAAUGGACCUUACUGCAUCAAAGUUUGAGAGAGAGAGAUUUAAUAUUUUAACCAACAUGUCUACCAAUCAGUAGCAGUUAGAAGUGUGUGUCAGACAGGAGCUCCUGGUUGUGUAUUAGUCAGUCACUACUUGCUCUCCACUCAUUAUUUAUUAAUGACAGGAGUCUUUCAGUGUGUGUGUGUGUGAGAUGUGGCCUAGGCUGGUUCCCUGAGUACAUCUCCUUACUUUAUCUACCACAGUCUCUUUGAUGUCACACGUACGGCACCUCUCUGAUGUCACAAGCCCCCCCCCCGAUAAGGCCUGCUGUGCUGCAGCUUCUACUCAGAUCAGUCACAGCCACAUCUCAUUCGAAUCACAAGCACAGGUGCUAGAUACUGCUGGUCCCACCAGAUGCCCAGGUCCUCGAUGUUGUAUUGGGUAAUGUGCUACGUCACUGUAUAUAAUAUCACAUUACACCAUGCUCGACACCUCAGCGUUUCCCUCACAAGGCUAGCUAGUGAGUUAUAAAGGUGUUUGUUUACUGGCUGUUGUCUUGUUGGUUUGAAUAGAAGCAUUGGAAAACAGAGUUCUUUCAGUUGAGGUAUAAUUGACAUAUUGGGAGGUGGGGAUUUGGCAGGAGAUUGCAUUCAACAGAUAAAUAAAGAAUCUUCACUCCCUAAUGCUUGUAGGAUCUGCAGAGAAAAUAUCAAACUUAAUUAAGCUGAGAACUUUUGUGGAUUGCAAAGCCAAACGGAAUAUCCUCUCUAGUGUCUCUCUUCGCUGUUUACUUCUUUAUUGUCCAGUGUCUGGAUCCUUACCCACAGACAAUCCCUACCUACAUCUUUUAAAACAUAAACACUAUAGCACUGUACCUGUCCACAGCCCUGGGAUAUGUUUAUUAAGCACAGGCACGGAAUAAUGUUUUUAAAUGGAGACAGAAAUGAGCAUGCUAAACCAAUAUGUCUAGGUAGUACUUCCUCUGUUUCAAACUAUUUGCUUUUUUUCUUGGUAACUGAAGUAACCCAAGUAUUUGCACCACCUCUACUCUCAGACUUGCCUUCCACAGAGACUCUGAUCCAAUGCACAUAUAUGGCCAAAUGCAGAAAAACAUGUUAUGUGAGAAAAUUCUCCCCGUAUGAUCUGUGGUGUAUUGUGUCAGACAUUUUGCACCACAGGUUCAUUGGACCAGAGAUGAAGUGGGAGGCAGUGGCCACUAGAUGGAGAAAUCUGCAUAGCCAGUGUGUUUUAGCCCCACUCUGAUAGUGCUGCUAAAUCACCAGAGCUCAUGGGGGAUUGAUUUAUCACUGUUUUGUAUGGCAGUGUAGUGGGUGAGUGUGCUUGGGGGUGUCCUUCCAAGAACCCUGUGUGCUUUUUGUAUUCAGUGUGUGUAAUUGUUUCCAGAUGUUUGGGGAAUGUGACUCCACUCUCUUCCAUCUCCCUUGGCAUCCCUCCCCCUCUCCCUCUCUCUCUCCAAAUGUUUUUGCCAUCAUGUUUCUUCUGCCAGCAGCUCCCCGUUUCCUGUCCCUAGGGCAGGAAUGGCCAGGGUGGGGUUAUGGAGGGGUUAUGACUGCUUUUGACUGCUUAUGAGCUUCCUGUGCACAUGUGUCACGUGACUAAGUCAUUUCAGUUGAAUGCAGUCAGUUGUACAACUGACUAGGUAUUUCCCUUUCCUUUCUCAAAGACAACAGGUGUCAUGGAUUACGUAGGCGUUUGACUGCUAUCAGUUUGCGCUGUACGGUCAGCUGGUGUUUAUUGUAACCCAGUUCCUAUGUUGGUCACCCAAAACCAUUAUAUUGAUAUCCCCCAAAUAAAAUAAAACAUUUGAGACCUCUUAAUAUAUGUGUUAAUAUAUAGGUCAUAGUGUAUCGCAGGAGGUUGGUGGGAUCUUAAUUGGGGAGGACAGGCUCAGGGUAACAGCUGGAGCCGCAUCAGUGGAAUGGUAUCAAAUAUAUCAAACGCAUGGUUUCUAUGUGUUUGAUGCCAUUCCAUUUGCACUGUUCCAGACAUUAUUAUGAGCCGUCCUCCCCUCAGCAGCCUCCACUGUAGUAUAUCUUAAAUAACACUUUUGUAAAACCCAAAGAUGUGUUGCACCAACUGCACUUACUUUCAGACUCCUAGUAUGUGCUUGUUUGUUUGUUUGUUUGUUUGUUUGUUUGUUUUUCUGGUCCAGAGAAGGCUCCUCAGAGGAGGAAGGGGAGGACCAUUCUCCUCAGUGAAUUUCAUGCAAAUAAAAUUGUAAAACAUUUCAAAA